AUGGGAGCUGACUUGUUCCUGCUUGCGCCUUUUUUUUUUUUUGAGUCGGAUGGCGUCUAUCAUACGCUGGGGUGCGCCGUCCGCACCACCUCAAACAUUUUUGGGAGAAGCCAAGCCAUGCCGUCGCGAUGCUGUCGAGUCCUUGCCCUCAUCCUCGUUUCCUCCCUUAUGAUUGUCUCCGCCUCCGCCACACUCGAACACUUGGCUUCCGCUCUUGCUAGGCUCAACAUCAGCGUCACUAUCUCGCCUUUCUCGCCAAGGCCCCCUGUCGUCCUUUCUAAAGCCAAAAUGGCACGUCAAUUCCUCGCCGCCCACAACAUCGUCAGGUCGGUCUUUGGAUUGCCGCCCUUGAGAUGGAAUAGAAAACUGGCUAGAUAUGCACGGCGGUGGGCGAACCAGCGUGCUGGCGACUGCGCAUUGCAGCAUUCUCCCAAUAGUCCUUAUGGGGAGAACUUGUUCUGGAGUCUCAAAGGGAAUUGGGGUCCCAGGGAGGUGGUCAAGGUUUGGGCGGAUGAGUACAUAUUUUACGACCCAAUUCGAAAUGAGUGCAUCAAUGGGGAAAUGUGCGGUCAUUAUACGCAGAUUAUAUGGCGGAAAACUGAAGAGUUAGGAUGUGGCAGGGUGCAAUGCGGCGAUGACAAAGGCUUCCUCUACGUUUGCUCUUAUAAUCCUCCUGGUAAUAUUUACUUUCGGGGUCCUUUUGGCGGUCAUUUUACCAAUUCUAUUGUCAAGCCUCCCUCUUAAUUACUGAGAUUAACCAUCCUAUUCCCCACCCACCAUGCAUGCCAUUUCUCAAACAACUCUUUUGCGGGCAAUCCUCCUAGCAACAAAAUUAGUUUUUUGUUCUUAGAAUCCAUGUAAUAUUCUUAUAUAUAUAUGAUGAGUCUUAAUUCGUUAAAACAAUUGUCUAUGCAAUCCUGUCAUAAUAUGAUUCAAUAUCCUAUUAUAUUUAUAUAUUAUAUAUAUAUAUAUUUUUAAUGUUUGAUGCUUGCUCCCGGUCAUCUUCUUAUCAAAGAAGUGCCUUCGGGUGUGUUUCUUUUUUCUCUUUCAGAAAAAGAAAAUAAAUUGUGUUUCGUGGGAUGAUACAUGUAACUAUUUCUUCCCAUGUCACUCCUCUUUUUCAGGAUAGUCUAAUUAUUGCCCUCUCGUCAUGCCUCUGUCUGAUACAUGGAAAGUUUAAUUUUAUUUCAGGUGAUUUGAGUCUUCAAUAUAUAUAUAGCGGUGGCCACGAACUAACAUUUUUCCUUAUUCUGAGUUUAUUAAUAUGGAUUCGUACCAGUGUCAGUCUCGCCCUCAGACUACCUGUGAAAGUUCAGGAAAU